AUGAAAUGGGACAGGCCUUCUUUCACCGGAAGUGACGUAUGCGGCCUUAAAACCAGCCUUCGGAGGCUGCAGCCCUCGAAUUGGGACACAGCCCAUGACACAGGAAGUCAAUGGUGCCGGGGCAUGUGCCGGGGUAAACUAGUCCCUAUCAAGAUGUCAAAAAAGAGGAAAGUCGACACUGAAGGUCGCAUCUUUCAGGACAGGUGGAAAGAAAAGUAUUUCUUUUGGGAAGUAGGGGGCAAACCCGUGUGUCUUAUUUGUUCUCAACAAGUUGCUGUAGCAAAGGAGUACAAUAUCAAACGCCACUACGAGACCCACGCCGAGAAGUACUCCGAGUACACGGGGCAACUUCGGACUAAAAAGCUAAAUGAACUAGCAUCAUCGCUACAGAAACAACAAGCCGUGUUCUCCAAAUGUCGAGAUACACACGAAGGGGCAGUGAAGGCAAGCUACAUCAUCGCUUGGGAAAUUGCUAAGGCAUCCAAGCCUUUCUCAGAGGGUGCAUUCGUCAAAACCUGCAUGCUAAAGGCAGCCGAGCUAGUGUGUCCUGACAAGCGACAAGCUUUAGCCAACAUAAGCUUGUCCAGGCCGACAAUGACGGAGAGAAUUGAAGAACUUUCUGGUGAUUUAAAGAGUCAACUAAAAGACAAGGCUAAGUCCUUCAUCGCAUUCUCUGUUGCUCUCGACGAGAGCACUGACGUGACUGAUGUAGCCCAGUUAGCGAUAUUUAUUCGCGGUGUGGACGCUUCCCUGAAUGUCACUGAGGAGUUUGUGUCAGUUGUGCCAAUGACAGACACCACCACAGCUAACGACGUAUUUGUUAGCCUUGUCGGGGCCCUGGACAAACUGGAGGUGAACUGGAGUAGUGCUGUCAGUGUGGCUACCGACGGCGCACCUUCUAUGAUCGGAGAAAGGCAGGAGUGGUUGCGAAGUUCAGAGAAAAGGUAACUGCGGCUAAUCCAGAGCAAGUAUUUUGGAACUUUCACUGUAUACUGCACCAAGAGGCGUUGUGCUGCAAGAGUCUGAAAAUGGACCAUGUCAUGCGUGUUGUUAUUGACACUGUGAAUUUUAUUCGAGCCAGAAGACUUAACCAUAGGCAAUUUGACGUGUUUUUAUUGGAACACGACAUUCAUCAUGGCCUUCCCUAUCACACCGAUGUGCGUUGGUUGAGCCGAGGCGCAGUGCUGAAACAGUUCUACAAAUUACGCACAGAGAUAGCCGAGUUCAUGCAGGGUAAAGGGAAGCCUGUGGUGGAAUUGGACGACCCAGAAUGGACCAGGGAUCUUGCCUUUUUAGUGGACAUUACCGAACAUCUAAAUGUGUUGAAUGUUACUAUGCAGGGCCGCAACAAACUCGUCACAGAGUAUUAUGAUAGUGUUCGUGCUUUUCAAAGUAAACUGGCGUUGUGGGAGAAGCAGCUCCGCCAGCGCAACGCCGCUCACUUCCCUUGUCUUAAAUCUCAACCUGUCAAUCAUCGGAGUAUGGACAAGUAUGCAAUCUUGCUUUCUGGACUCGGGCAUGAGUUUGACACUCGAUUCACGGUUUUUACUGAACUGGAAAAGGACUUUGCGCUGUUUCGCUCUCCAUUCACAAUUGACGCUUCCGAGGUCCCAGAGGCGAUCCAAAUGGAACUGAUAGAACUGCAGUGUUCGGCGCUGUUGAAGGAAAACUACGCAUCUGUUGCGAUCGAAUCAUUCUAUCAAUCCUUGCCACCAGAGUACCCAAUGCUCACGGCCUUUGCAGGUAAAAUACUUUGUAUGUUUGGGACAACAUAUUUAUGUGAGCAGGCGUUUUCCGUGAUGAAUAUUAAUAAAUCGAAAGUGCGAAAUCGCUUGACGCACGGACAUCUGAAUGAUGUUAUGAAAAUAACCACUGCGCAGAAACUGUGCCCCGAUGUGGAUAAACUGGUGAAAGUUAAAAGGUGUUUGGCCUCGACAAGUAAAAUGUAGUUGAAGUAGGCUGGUCUCCUUUUUGAUUAUAAUCCUGCGUGAUAUGGGUGGGAGGGAUUACAGAGGUUGGGGCUAACUGACGGUCUGUGUAGGCUUGUGUCAUAGUUGACCGGUGAUACUGGCAAAGUUAAAGUGCCUCAUCUGU